AUGAGUCUCGACGCUACUAAGUUCAUGGGCGCCGGUAUCGUCUACAUUCGUAACGAAUCAGGCGACAACAUGCAAACUUUCGUCUCCAAGCUAAGCCACAACUCUGGUAACGAUAGUUGGUUUGUCAUCUCUGCGUCCUUUGAAGAUGACGCUCACGCCAAAUGGGACCGCUCAAACCACGGCUGGGAGGUGAUCGCCUUCAAGGACGACAACAACAGACGUGUCGGGUUCUAUGUCGACCUCAGGAACGUGACGACCUAUGUGACGUUCCGGUCAUUCUCCAACGUCGAGAUCAAGCAGGUCAAAAAGGCCUAA